AUGGCGGCGGUGGCGGCCUCACGAACUGUUUCUGUGGGUUCUGGUCUGCGGGGCCUGCGACGGACACUGCCUCUUGUAGUGAUUCUUGGGGCCACCGGCACCGGCAAAUCUACCCUGGCGUUGCAGCUAGGUCAGCGGCUCGGUGGCGAGAUCGUCAGCGCUGACUCCAUGCAGGUCUAUGAAGGCUUAGACAUCAUCACCAACAAGGUUUCUGCCCAAGAGCAGAGAAUCUGCCAGCAUCACAUGAUCAGCUUUGUGGAUCCUCUUGUGACAAAUUACACAGUGGUGGACUUCAGGAACAAGGCAACUACUCUGAUUGAAGAUAUAUUUGCUCGAGACAAAAUUCCUAUUGUCGUGGGAGGAACAAAUUAUUACAUUGAGUCUCUGCUCUGGAAGGUUCUUGUCAAUACCAAGCCCCGGGAGAUGAACACUGAGAAAGUGAUUGACUUGAAAGUAGAGCUUGAGAAGGAGGAUGGCCAUGCACUCCACAAACGCCUAAGCCAAGUGGACCCGGAAAUGGCCACCAAGCUGCACCCACAUGACAAGCGCAAAGUGGCCAGGAGCUUGCAAGUAUUUGAAGAAACAGGAAUCUCUCAUAGUGAAUGUCUUCAUCGACAACAUGCAGAGGAAGGUGGUGGUCCCCUUGGAGGCCCUCUGAAGUUCCCUAACCCUUGCAUCCUCUGGCUUCAUGCUGACCAGACAGUUCUAGAUGAGCGCUUGGAUAAGAGGGUAGAUGACAUGCUUGCUGCUGGGCUCGUGGAGGAACUAAGAAAUUUUCACAGGUGCUAUAAUCAGAAGAAAGUAGCUGAAAAUAGCCAGGACUAUCAACAUGGCAUCUUCCAAUCAAUUGGCUUCAAGGAAUUUCACGAGUACCUGACCACUGAAGGAAAAUGCACACCAGAGAUUAGUAACCAGCUCCUAAAGAAAGGUAUUGAGGCUCUGAAACAAGUGACUAAGAGAUAUGCUCGGAAGCAAAACCGAUGGGUUAAAAACCGUUUCUUGAGCAGACCUGGUCCCAGUGUCCCCCCUGUGUAUGGCUUAGAGGUAUCGGAUGUCUCGAAAUGGGAGGAGUCUGUUCUCGAACCUGCUCUUGAAAUUGUGCAAAGUUUCAUCCAGGGCCGUAAGCCUGCAGCCACUCCAAUAAAGAUGCCGUGCAAUGAAACUGAGAACAAGAGAAGUUAUCACGUGUGUGACCUCUGUGAUCGAAUUAUCAUUGGGGACCGAGAAUGGGCAGCACAUACGAAAUCCAAAUCCCACUUGUACCAACUGAAGAAAAGAAGAAGAUUGGACUCAGAUGCUGUCACCACCUUAGGAAGUCAGAGUAUUUCCCCAGAGCGUGACAAAGAGCUUAAAGAGAAAGGGUCCUCAGGGCGGAAUGAUCAAGAGCUGAAAUCCAGCAUUUAAGAGCCAUGUCCGGUGGCCUUUGCAAAGAUGGAAGGAGAAUAUCCAGUUCAAUAGGGAGGGGUAUGUGUGUCUCCCAGUCUGGGCCGAGCACUGCUACACAGAAAACUACCGCCAUUUUCUUCUAUUCAGAUGAUGUGGUCUUAAAGUCUUAUGUUCUCUGUCAUGGGAACAGCAGGUCUUGUCAGCUUCUUUUGUGAGUGAUCACUGACUGUUGAGUUAAAAUCUAUAUUUUUAUUGAAAGUUAAAUAAAGAAAAAGUUUAUAAGAUCCUCUUUGGUCAUAUAUACAUACAUACAUACAUACAUACAUAUAUAUAUAUAUAUAUAUAUACAUACACACACAC